UUCCUGAAUGGAUGGCACACCUGAUGGUUGUCACUUGUUACCACAGCCACAAAGUCGAAAUUGGCUAGGCUAUAUCGUAAGUAAUGAAAACAAAAGGUGCGUUUGGGUCUUAAUUUAAUGUUAGAGUUUGGCAUAUGUUUACCAGAGUGGUUAGGGUUAGGUUUAACAUCUGAUUUUAAGAAGAUACAUUGUAGAAAUAGGCGGGGAUUUGCUGUGAUAACAACUGAAGACUGCACCUGAAGAGCACGAGACACCACGCGUCAACACCGAGUGACAAUAUCCGAAGGAGUCGCAUCUGUAGACGCUGAUCCAAGGUCAAUUUGGCGUUUAUUGAGCUGAAGGGGGUUUUAGGACGGCAAGCCGAUCCUAGAUCUGUACAGGACAGCCUCUACUUGGAGCUGAAGUAGCCUACACCUGCGACAGACGCAGUUCAGCGGUCAGGCAAUAACACGGAUCCAAAAGCAGAAACGUUCAUGUAAAAUGGUAUCUGUGUCAACGUGUGUGUGAUCUGUGCACCAUCUGAUCAUAAGCUGUUACAGAGCUAUUUGAGUUGCUGAGCUGCACUGAAGAAUGGAAUCAUCAGACGUCCAGCGGGGGCGGGGACGAUCGCCGUUUGACCUCAUCAUGAACCAGAUCCGCAGGAAACGCACGACCUCAGACAGGAAGUCAACGUCCGGCCGCUUCCUGUCCCGCCAAGCGGAGAGUGGAGGGCUUCCUGAGGACAGAGAGACGGAGGAGGAGAGGGGCGGAGCAGGUGUUGUUCCUGGCCCAGCUGACCUAGCAGAGAGUGUGUGUGACAUGGGCUGGGGUCGUGUGUGUGUGUUUGUCAAGAGGCUGGGGAAGAGAGCAGACAGCAGGACUCUGAGUCUGGCUCACUGUGACCUCACUGCUACUGAUGUACUGGAACUGGCUACCUUGCUCCCCUCGCUGUCUUUAUUGGAGGAGAUGGACCUGUCAUGGAACGAGCUGAUUGGAGGAUGUUUGAGAUCAUUGACCUCUCACCUCCAGAACGUGGGUGGGCUCAGAACGCUCAGGCUCUCCUGCUGUAGGCUGACUGCUGAUGACAUCACUGCUCUGGGUGAGGCAUUGAAGUGUGUUCCGGUGUUGGAGGUUCUGGACCUGUCCUGGAAUGCUGGUAUUGGUGGCUCAACUUUGCAGGGCAUUGUGGGUAAACUCCACCCAACCCUUAGAGAGCUCUACUUGGUGGCCUGCCAGCUCACUGAAACUGACGCUACUAUACUGGGUGGUAUAGUGAGUGUUCUCCCCAGACUGUGUGUGUUGGAUGCGUCUUGCAACCCUCUCCUGGCCCACACACAGACAGAAGCAGAGGACGGCAGCAUGUCAGAGACAGAGCCAGGGAAAGGCGGCGUGUGGGGUUUGGGGGGGUUAGUCCCUUCCCUGAGCCACACCCCCUCCCUUACAACCCUACGCCUACACGACUGUGGCCUGACCAUACAAUCCCUCGGCCUGUUGGGGGGUUCGUUCCACUGCCUCCGCUCCCUGUGUCAGUUGGACCUGUCCUGUAAUAAGGGUGUGGCCGGGGGGCUGUCCCUCCUCUCCCCUCACCUGGCUCUCCUCUCACAUCUGGGCGGCCUGGACCUGCACCUCUGCUGCCUCACACACACAGACCUACAGGCCCUCAUCCAGGUGCUGCCCUCGCUCACUGAGCUGACGGAAUUGGACCUGUCAUCCAAUAAGGAGGUUGGGGGUGUGGUCAGUGAUCUAGUCUCCGCCCUCCUGCUGUCACAGAUUAAACUCCUCCCACUCAACGGCUGCAGUCUGAACCAGGAAUCACUCAGCGCACUCGCUCUAGCUUUGCCGUACCUGCGGUGUAUAGAUGUGUCCUGGAGUAAGAUGGUGGGCGGGCGUCUGGCACUGCUAUUGGAAGCUCUGCAGCCGUCAGUCACCCAGGAGCUCCGCCUUAGCAGCUGUGACCUCACUACUGACGACCUGCUUCAUCUGGCUGUUGUAUGUAAGCGUGGCGUUCUGUCCUCUCUGCGUGUGUUGGACCUGUCCUAUAACGGAGGGGUGGGGGAGGAGGGGUGGUGUGGGUUGCUAGGAGAGGGGGGGCUGGGCUCACUGGAGGAGCUGGACCUUAGUCUGCGACCCCUGACCUCUAAGCCCUCACUCCUGACCUCUAACCCCUCACCCCUGACCUGGCUGCCAACCCUGCUCUCUGCUUUUCCUCAUCUACCUGCGCUGACACGUCUCUCUCUUCAGCGAUGGACUCUCACAGCCCAGGAGCGGGAGCAGGUAAACCACGCCCUCAGGAAGAGGAAAGUACUAUUAGAGUUGGACCCCGUCCUGUUUGCUUCGUCCGCCAAUCAGGAGGGGCUAGAGGAGGAACGCUAUGAAGAGUAGAGCUAGAAAGAGGGAAGGGAAUUGGAGGGGCUUUUGUUUGUUUUAAUUGAUUUCAUGUAAAUGUAUCUAAUGUUUAUUACUAACAUUUGGGUCAAACACAUUAACUAUGUUGUCUUUUCAGAUCAAGCACCCAAAAUAAUCUUGUGAUGUUAAGCACCAUGCACAUACACCAUACUGUUUGCACAUUGUUUUCCCGCUGAAAAUGACUUUGAUGAAAGUAAGAAGUUUACAUCAGUAAAACUACUAACACUGUGAGUCUACUGAUCUGAGUUGUUUGACCAACUCUGUUCAUUUGACUUUUAGCUUCACUCUGACAUGCUGAUGAUUGUUUCAAUAAAUUAUGCACCGGGUACAUGAAUAACACGUUUGA